GGGGAAGGUGGGGGAUAUAACCUCAGUUGCUAACCAGCCGUCAAAGCGAACAGCUGUGCAAGUCAAUAGCAGACACCGACCACACCAGUUCAGCAGUCACCUUUGUCUGUGAUCCGCCCUACCGAGUUUCUCUUUGAACGAGUGCGAAGAGCAAAGCAGCCACCAUGUCCGAGGCUCACUUCGACGAGUAUGAGCACUACAACUUCGACCAGGACAAGCACAUGAACUCCGGGCAUUCUGGAAAGGGGCGAACCAAGAAGGAGGCAAGUGAGCACACCAACCACUUUGACCCGAGUGGACACUCCCGCAAGAUCGUCACCAAGCUGCAGAACACCGAGACGAACACGAAGCAGGCCAACGCCAGCGC